AUAACCAUUAGUAAGACGUAUUAAGUAUUUUGUUUUGUAUUUCAUUGUCUUAUCAAACUAUGUAUACCUUCAAAUUAACCUUAAUCAGCUUAUCAAUGCCAUUAGUGCUGUGUUCAAUCAGCGUGAGACGUACUGGCUGGCUAGAUCGUGUAGUCGACUAUCAUAAGAAUCGUUUUAUCGAUGAUUUCAUGAAACAGCCUGUAAAGAUCUCAGCUAGAAUAGAAAGAGCACCUCCUGGUUACGUGGAUUCCAAAGACUGGGAUUAUAAUUCUGUCAUCCAUCUGCUUACACUCAUUAGAGACAGCGAAGGGGCUGCACCGGUCAGACAAGCAUUCCGGAGAGCCAUGAAAACCAACAGACGGUUCUUGAGCUUCUCUGAAUCAUUUAAGGCUUUCCCUAGUUUAAUCAAGGAUGAUCGAAAUGAUUUCCACUACGACGUAGACAUGGGAGAGUACUACGCCGAUGUAGCACAGGAUAAGUGGUCAGGGAUAUUAGACCCGAGCGAUGUGAUUGUAGUUACAAAUCCCGUCGAAGCAAAGCUGCCCAGCGCAAGGAUUAGCGUGGAAUUGCUCAAGACAAUUUUGGAACGUAGAGCGGCAGCAGUCAGGGUUAUUCCAACAACACCACUGAACAUCUCCUGGUCAGUAACGCCGAAGAGAACUACAACUGCAAAACCAACUACAAUCGCCAUUGAGUCUACUCCAAGUACAAUCACCGUUAAGUCUACUCCAAGUACAAUCACCGUUGAGUCCACUCCAAGUACAAUCACCGUUGAGUCUACUGCUACUGACGAAGUAACUACAGCGUCUCCAGAGAACGAUACCUCUACCGCAAGUGAGGAUGGUAACGAAGCUCCCGAGCACACAACGCCCGUGAACUUAACAGAAACUUCAUAAACUUGAAAUAAAACUGCACUCUGACUGUUAUUUACUUACUGUUAGGCCUUAUGGCCAAAUGCUCUAGUGAGCCAUUGUUAGGUUGUUGUUGAUGAUAACUCAGUAAAUACUCAAUGAAACA